GACAUUUAAUUUUCAUCAGAAUUUCGUAAGAUUCUCAUAAUUGUAUCCAUUCUCAUAUCUAAAUCCAACUUUUGCAGAUAACCGGCUUUCUUUAAACUUAAUUUUCUUGAUUGCCCGACACACCGUUAUCCCUUGUUAGAUGCUCUUUGCCCUUUUCUCCUCUUCUCUUAUUUUUUCUCUCUGAAAAUGGAAGGAGUGAAAUUGGAUAGAUGGGGUUAUGAAGUUAAAACCUCUUCCGAUUCUUGCAUAUCUGUAAUCAACGCUUACUAUCACCAGGUGCUUUCCUAUGGAAGAAAUAGGAAAGUGAUCUUAGAAGCUCCUGUUCUUGACAAAGACUGCGUUUUAGCCAACAUUUUGGCCGCCCAUUUUCUCUCUUCCUCUGACCCUUCAAAGGCUCCUUCACUCAUAGAAGCUGCCAAGGCUGGAAUUGAGCAAGCCUCGUCUUAUGAGAAAGCCGUUUUUGAAGCUGUCAAUUAUUUGAUUUCUCAGAACAGAGAUGAUGAUGUUGCCGUGGAGUUACACUCUAAGCUCUUGAGAGAUUUUCCAAGAGAUCUUCUUUCAUUGAAGAGGGCACAAAUACUAUGCUUUUAUAUGGGUCGACCUGAUUUAUCUUUAGAUCUUGUUCAACAGGUUCUACCUCGAAAUCAACAAGAAAAUUUCAUAUAUGGCAUGCUUGCAUUCCCAUUAUUAGAGCUUGGACGAAUGGCAGAUGCAGAGGAUGCUGCAAAAAAGGGAUUUGAAAUAAACAAUCAAGACGUUUGGGCACAACAUGCUGUGAGUCCUAAUCUGUGCCAUGUUCUUCAGUAUAAAUGUCAAUACAAAGAAGCAGUUCAGUUCAUGGAAGAAUGCUCAAAUGCAUGGAGUUCUUGUUCAUCAUUCAUGUUAACCCACAAUUGGUGGCAUGUGGCUGUCUGUUAUUUGGAAGGUCAUUCUCCAAUUACAAAGGUCAGAGAAGUUUAUGACCAUUGUAUAUGGAAGGAAUUGGAAAGAACUGAUGCAAUUGCUGUAGAGGUGUGCCUAAAUGCUUUGGGCCUGUUAUUGCGAGUUUUUGUACGGGGAAAACUAGAUAUCUUUGAGGAUCGCUUGAAAGUUUUGGCAGCAUCUCUAUCAGAUCAAGCAAACUGGUUUAUGGAGUGGCACCUUGAUUUGUUGAUAUUAUGGGCCUUAGCUUUUACUGAGGAACUUCCUAAAGCAGAAGAUUUACUUAAAGGCUUGAAGUUCAGACUUUCCAAGAUGAACGAGAAGAAGCAACAAAUAAUGCAAAGAGCAAUGCUGCUUGCCGAAGCCAUGUAUGAGUAUGGACGAGGUAACGAAAAACAAGCACUAGAAAUACUCGGUCCAGAUUUUGAUGCUUAUAGUUUUAAGAUUAUUGGGGCAUCUGAUGAACAGCUUGAUGUAUUUAAUGAAGUCUGGUACACUAUGUUGCUGAAUACUGGACAAGUUACCAAAGCAAUUGAAUCAAUCGAGAAACAGAUACCGAAGAGGGAAGGGGCUCCUUUCCUGUGGCGUCUGCUGGAGAAAGGUUAUAAGCUGACUGGCAGGCAGGAAGCCGCGACUAUUGGUGAGAGGGCCAGACUGUUGGAGACAGCAUAUUUCAACUAGCCUGAAUGUGCACUAGUAGCUACAUAUAUGAUAUAGCAUUUGUAUUAGGAACAGAUUGAAUCACCGUUCAGUCACCACCGUAAUGAAACUAGAAUGUAACAUGUCGUUUAAAUUUGCAUAUUUACAUUACAUCGUCUGAUUUGUAAUACGGUUAAAUUAAGCUAUUAGUCCUUCAAUUAUGUAUAAAUUAUGAAUUUAGUUCUUGUACUUCAA